AUAAUUUUAAAUUUUUAUGAUAAAAUGAAAACAAUUUUUAACAAGAUGUUACCUAGCAUUAAUCUUUUGAUAUUGUGAAGAUGUUCUACGAAAAAUGAUUCCUCUGUUAAGAUAUUUUUGGAACUUUUAACAAAGGAUGAAAAUAUUUCCAAGAUUUUCUGAUUAUCUGACGUCAAUUGAUUUUAUCUAAAUAUCCAACCCCUUUAACUUAAACAUUAUCUUGUAUAUUAAUCCUUGAUGUCUGAAUUUGUAUGUUUUGUAUGAAAACUAAACCAAAGUUUAAACUAAUUACAGAUAAAAAAGAAGACAGGGUGUCCUGCCAGAAAAGUAUUUGAGUAUAUAAAAUACAGGGCGGUCCAAAAAUGAAUUACAAUGGAAGUGCCCCGCCAGAUAUAAACGCGGCCCAACAGGUUAUAUUUGGAAGACCUCUGAUAACUCUAGGAGAUGAUAAGGAUGAGGGAUUAAUAGAGAAACAGGUUGACUAUAUGCGAGGAAGUACUCAUUAUAUUGUAACACAUUUUAUCCUUGAAUGCUGUAAGAAGCUGGAAGCCAAGUGCAUCACUUCAGCUACGGCUGCAUGCUUAUUCCAUAAGUUUUUCAGUUGUGCAAACAUACUGGAUUAUGAUCCUUACCUGGUGGCAGGAACCUGUAUAUAUCUAGGUGGUAAAGUAGAAGAUGAUCAUCUGAAACUUCGGGAUGUUAUAAAUGUUGUCCAUGCUGUCCUUCACAGAACUCUAGAACCCUUGGCUCUAGGGGACGAAUAUUGGAACAUCAGAGAUGCUAUCGUCCAGACAGAACUGUUCGUCCUUAGGAUGGUUGGGUUUCAGGUUCGGUUUAUUCACCCGCACAAGUACCUUCUUCAUUACCUCAGCUCUAUUAGAGAUUGGAUGAGCGCUGAGGACUGGGAUAAAUAUCCUUUAGCAGAGACAUCAUGGAAGCUAUUACAGGACCUGUACCAUGAUCCGCAUGUUCUUAGUACAGAUCCAUCCAUUACUGCUCUGGGUAUAAUACAGCUCACUCUAGAAAUAUAUGGAAUUCAGAUACCGUUGAUGAAUGGUAUUGAGAGUGGAGAAAAAGCUUGGUUUAAGAUACUGAGUAAGAAGGCCACUAAGGAGAAGCUGUGGGAAGUGAUGACAAGGAGUAUAGAGGUGUACAACAAGGAAGCUGCUGCACUUGAACCUAUCUCAUCAAAAAUAACCUGCUCAUAAUCAAACAUAUCAAGCUCAUAGCAAUCAAUCAGAUAUAUCAAAA